AUUGCCAGAAAUAGUCGCAGCGUGAAAGAAAGUGCUCAAAUCCAUCAUCUCACCAAUACUUUCUCUCUCUAGAAAAACUUCUCUCUCUCUCUAAAAGGCAAAAGCCCCUUGGCGUAAAUCUUCCACUUCUAUGGCGAACAGCAACCUCCCUCGAAGAAUUAUCAAGGAAACCCAGCGCUUACUUAGCGAACCAGCACCGGGAAUAAGCGCAUCGCCAUCAGAAGAUAAUAUGCGGUAUUUCAAUGUCAUGAUUCUUGGCCCAUCACAGUCUCCUUAUGAAGGAGGAGUCUUCAAGCUGGAGUUAUUUCUGCCUGAGGAAUACCCAAUGGCUGCUCCUAAGGUUCGAUUCCUUACAAAAAUCUACCAUCCAAAUAUUGAUAAACUUGGAAGAAUAUGUCUUGAUAUUCUAAAAGACAAAUGGAGUCCUGCUCUUCAGAUUCGCACAGUGCUCUUGAGUAUUCAAGCACUUUUAAGUGCUCCAAAUCCAGAUGAUCCGCUUUCAGAGAACAUAGCAAAACACUGGAAAUCAAAUGAAGCAGAAGCUGUGGAAACAGCAAAGGAGUGGACGCGUUUGUAUGCAAGUGGGGCCUAGCGGAUGUAUUUUGUUCGGGACUCUGAAAAUAAAAAAUAAAAAAAAAAUAUUUUCAUUACAACAUAUUAAUAUUCUCCAUGUAUUGAUUACUCUCUCUUCACUUUUAAAACCCUGUUUCUUUUUGGUUCAAAUGAAUAUAUGAUGUAUCUUUUAUAUAUCAAGAAUUUAAUGAAGAGAUGUUUCCUUGGAUUGGUUAUAAUUUUCUGGA